AUGCCUCGCCACGCCCUUCUCCCGCCGCGUCUCCGCCUCGCGCUGCUCCUCGCAGCAGUCGCCUCGUGCUUCGGCGCGCUGCUGACUGUAACGGGGGCGCCUCUAGCGGGGCCGGAGUGCGUGAGCGAGUUCCCGCGGCUGUGCAAGUUCGUGGACGAUCUGCGCGACUCCAUUCCCGAGCAGAUCGACGCCUCCUCGCCCGCGCCCAUCACCAUCGGCGCCUACCAGAUCCGCCAG